AUGACCACCGCCAGACUUACUCCCGUCCGCCGCCAGUAUCUGACCAUCAAGCAUUCGUACUCGGAUGCGAUUUUACUGUUCCGCAUGGGCGAUUUUUACGAAGCUUUCGACGACGACGCGCGUUUGUUGUCGACGGCCUUGGACAUUACCCUCACGUCUCGGACAAUGGGGAAAGAUACCCGGGUCCCCAUGGCCGGAGUGCCCGCAGUUUCGCUGGAAGCCAAUCUGGCCCGUCUGAUUCGCCAGGGGCACAAGGUGGCCAUUUGCGAACAGUUGAGCGAUCCCGCCCUAUCGAAAGGUCUGGUUGAAAGGGGAGUGGUGAGGGUCGUAACGCCGGGAACGGUGCUGGAGUCGUCGCUCCUGGACCAGGACUCCAAUAACUACCUCGCGGCGGUAUGCGGAAACGGCGAGCAGGUGGGGUUGGCCUACGUUGAUUGCACAACCGGCGAAUUCGCCGCCGCCCAAUUCCCCACCGACCAGUUGCCGGCGGAACUGGCGCGCCUGAAUCCCUCUGAAUUGAUUUAUCCAACUACUGGCGAUUCCGGCUCCCUCCUGGCUGGCCACCAAAUCCGACCCCUGCCACAGAAUGGGACGCGUCUGCUUUUGAUCCUGAGUUGGCGACCCGUGCGUUGUUGGACUACUUUGGCGUACUUUCCCUGGAAGCCUACGGCGCCGAGUCUAUACCGUUGGGAGUGCGGGCAGCUGGAGCGAUAA